AUGACCGAGGCCGACAAAGCACAAGCCAACAGUCUGCAUGAUUAUGGUGUGAGAACAUGUCAUAUAAUGGGUUUCAUGUUAAAGCAAAAGGGAGGACCUGGAAAAAUUGGUUUUACAAAGAAGAAUUUGUAUAAUCAUUUUGACAAAUCAAGGCGUGCUAAAGUGAAAGAUGGUGAUGCAUAUGCAGCAUUGAGUUACUUGAUUUCUAAGGCCGAUGAGGAUCCAUUGUUGCAAGGAAAAUUUUCUCUGAAAGAUAAUAAACUUGAAAAUUUAGUAUGGGCUGACGGAGCUAGCAUAAUCGAUUAUCAAUGUUUUAGCGAUGUACUAGCAUUUGACACAACAUACCAGAAGAAUAAAUAUAACAAGCCAUUGGUUGUCUUCUCAGGAACUAACCAUCACGGUCAGAUAUGCAUAUUUGGUUGUGGCUUGCUAGCAGAUGAGAAGCAUGAGACAUAUGUAUUAGUUUUGAAGAUUUUUCUUGAAAUAAUGGGUAAUAAACUUCCAACAGCAGUGGUGACAGAUGGUGAUCUUGCAAUGAGAGGAGCAAUUAGAGAGGUGAUGCCAAAUGCAACGCACCGACUUUGUGCGUGGCAUUUACAUCGCAAUGCGUAUGAAGCUAUCAAAAAUUCUGAGUUUCUUCAUGGAUUAAAGCACCUUAUGUACGGGAAUUUUUUUCCGGAUGAGUUUGAAGAUAAAUGGCAUCGCUUAGUAUCAAAAUUCAAACUUUCUAAAAACGAAUGGGUGAAAAAAACAUACGAGAUCAAAAGGAUGUGGGCUUCUGCAUAUUUGAACGACACGGUUUUUGGUCGAAUUAGGACUACGUCAAAAUGUGAAGGAAUUCAUUCGUUGAUAAAGCACUAUAUUAGUGAAAAAUGUUAUCUUUUGGAUUUGAUGCAUAAUCUUAACGAGGCAGUGAGGCAAUAUCGGACAUGA